AUGGCAGAGGGGUCGAGGGAGCAGGGAGCACCAGGCAGCACAGAUCCGGAGGAAGACUCGCCUAAUAUGAUCGUCUACAGAAAGAUUGAAGAUAUUGUCACAAGAAUACAAGAUGAGAAAGCAGGAGGGGUGUCCAUCAGAACUGUCAAAAGUUUCCUCUCAAAGAUUCCCAGUGUUGUAUCAGGGGCGGACAUUGUGCAGUGGCUGAUGAAAAACUUGAACAUUGAAGAUCCAGCUGAAGCCAUCCACCUGGGGAGCCUCAUUGCUGCACACGGCUACAUCUUUCCCAUCUCCGACCACGUCCUGACGCUCAAAGAUGAUGGAACCCUUUACCGUUUUCAGUCUCCGUACUUCUGGCCUUCAAACUGCUGGGAGCCUGAGAACACAGACUACGCCAUUUACUUGUGCAAGCGAACCAUGCAGAAUAAAGCCAGACUUGAGCUUGCUGAUUAUGAAGCUGAGAACCUUGCGCGGCUGCAGAGAGCUUUUGCCAGGAAGUGGGAAUUCAUUUUCAUGCAGGCUGAGGCGCAAGUCAAAAUCGACAGAAAGAAGGACAAGGCAGAAAGGAAGAUCUUGGACAGCCAGGAGAGGGCGUUUUGGGACGUCCAUCGGCCAGUGCCAGGCUGCGUCAACACAACGGAGAUGGACAUCCGCAAGUGCCGAAGAGAGAAGAACCCACACAGGGUGAAGAAGUCAGUAUAUGGCGUUCCAGAUGAUGGCCAGAGCCAACCUAGUCCGGUGCACAUCAGCUCGCAGCCGGCCCGCAAGCCCACAAAAGAGGACGUACAAAAGGAAAUCUCCUUCCUGAACACCCAGCUGGACAGACAUUGCAUGAAGGUGUCCAAGGUCGCGGACAGUCUGAUGGGCUACACAGAGCAGUUCAUGGAGUACGACCCCCUCGUGUCUGCUGUGGAGCCGUCCAACCCCUGGAUCACCGAUGACACCAACUUCUGGGACAUGGAGACCAGUAAGGACCCCAACCAGCAGCGGGUGAAGAAAUGGGGCUUUUCUCUGGAGGAGGCGCUCAAGGAUCCAGCCGGGCGAGACAUGUUUCUGAAGUUCCUAGAGUCAGAAUUCAGCUCAGAGAAUCUCCGAUUCUGGUUGGCAGUGCAGGACUUGAAGCGGCGGCCGUUGCAGGAGGUGUCGUCCCGGGCUCAGGAGAUCUGGCAGGAGUUUCUGGCUGAAGGAGCUCCGAGUUCCAUCAACCUGGACUCCCACAGCUACGAGCGCACCAGCCAGAACCUCAAAGACCCCGGGCGCUACAGCUACGAGGACGCACAGGAGCACAUAUUCAAGCUAAUGAAAAGCGACAGCUAUGCACGAUUUUUGAGAUCCAACAUCUACCAAGACCUGCUGUUAGCCAGGAAAAAGCCACCUGCAGACCCCGACCAGGGCCGUCGCACCUCCCUGGAGAAGUUCACCCGCAGUGUGGGGAAGUCGUUGACAGGAAAGCGCCUCACGGGCCUCAUGCAGUCCUCCUGA